CUCGAACGCAUCCAAUUCACCCUCAUCCUCUUCUCUACACAUCAAUUGAGCCUCACAAACCGCCAAAAUGGUACUUACUUCUGCAUCUCGUCCCCUAGCCCGCUCACUUGGUCCCAUUGCUUCGCGCAGCAGAGGCCUGAGCUCUCUAGCUUCCGCCUCUGCCGUCUCCAGCUUGAGGAACUCUGCCUCUCGGUCUGGGGGCGUCACAUCUCGACAGGCUGCCGCAAACUCGCCAGUUCUGCCAGGCUCAAUAUGCCGGAGCAAGCUGGGACCACUGACGUCGAUCCGGUCGCUGACAGGUUUCCCCCGUGAAAAGGUCAAGGUGCUUAUGGUCCUGUACGAUGGUGGCAAGCACGCCGAGGAGGUCCCCGGUCUGCUUGGCACCACCCAGAACGAGCUCGGAAUCCGGAAGUGGCUCGAGGACCAAGGCCACACUCUGGUCACCACCUCUGACAAGGAGGGUGAGAACUCAACCUUCGACAAGGAGCUUGUCGACGCUGAGAUCAUCAUUACCACUCCCUUCCACCCUGGUUACCUGACCGCCGAGCGUCUCGCUAAGGCCAAGAAGCUGAAGCUUGCCGUCACCGCUGGUAUUGGCUCCGACCAUGUCGACCUGAACGCUGCCAACACCACCAACGGUGGCAUCACUGUUGCUGAGGUCACCGGCUCCAACGUUGUUUCCGUCGCCGAGCACGUCGUCAUGACCAUCCUUCUUCUCGUCCGUAACUUCGUUCCCGCCCACGAGCAGAUUGAGCGUGGAGAUUGGGACGUCGCCGAGGCCGCCAAGAACGAGUUCGACCUCGAGGGCAAGGUUGUCGGUACCGUCGCUGUUGGCCGUAUUGGUGAGCGUGUGCUGCGCCGUCUCAAGCCAUUCGACUGCAAGGAGCUCCUCUACUACGACUACCAGCCCCUGAGCCCCGAGAAGGAGGCUGAGAUUGGCUGCCGCCGCGUCGAGAACCUCGAGGAGAUGUUGGCUCAGUGUGACGUUGUCACCAUCAACUGCCCUCUGCACGAGAAGACCCGUGGCCUGUUCAACAAGGAUCUCAUCAGCAAGAUGAAGCCCGGCUCUUGGCUCGUCAACACCGCCCGUGGAGCUAUCGUCGUCAAGGAGGACGUCGCCGAUGCCCUCAAGUCCGGCCACCUCCGUGGCUACGGUGGUGACGUCUGGUUCCCACAGCCCGCGCCCAAGGACCACGUCCUGCGCUACGCCAAGAACCCCUUCGGUGGCGGCAACGCCAUGGUUCCUCACAUGUCCGGUACUUCCCUCGAUGCCCAGAAGCGUUAUGCCGACGGCACCAAGGCUAUCCUGGAGUCGUACCUGACUGGCAAGUUCGAUUACCGGCCCGAGGAUCUCAUCGUGACCAACGGCGACUAUGCCACCAAGGCUUACGGCCAGCGCGCCAAGAAAUAAAUGAGGAGUCAAGUUUGAGCUCCCAGCGGUAAUCUCGAGCCAUGAAUUGGACGGCAUGCUCGGUGGAAGGUUAUUUUGUUUAUAAUCGGAAGAUGACGAUGCUAUGAUUCCCACGCCUCAUAUAGUUUGGAGGUAAAUGAACGAAAUAAAUGAAUAAAAAUUUUAAAGUAACAAA